CACUCAAACCCAUGGAAGAAUCUUGUUGGAAUGAAGAAGGACUGAAACCUGGAGGAAGGUGGAAUAAUGGAAGGCGUUAUCAGAGGGAAAAUAUGCACACAUCACGUUCAGCUGCAUAUGACUAUGUAGAAAAGGAGAAGGCUGUUGCAAAGGCACUGGAGGACUUGAAGGCUAAUUUUUACUGUGAAUUAUGCAACAAGCAGUAUCAGAAGCACCAGGAGUUUGACAACCACAUCAAUUCCUAUGACCAUGCACAUAAGCAAAGAUUGAAAGAAUUAAAGCAAAGGGAGUUUGCUCGCAAUGUGUCUUCCAAAUCAUGGAAAGAUGAAAAAAAGCAGGAAAAAGCUCUGAAACGCCUUUACCAGCUUGCAGAACUGAAAAGGCAAUCAGCAUGCAUCCCCAGAAGAGGACCACUGUUCAGCCCUACUAAAUUGCCAGUUGAAAGCUAUAAAGAAGAUGACAAGGCUCUUGAAAACACUGAAAGCAAUUGGCAUGCCAACAACAGCAACACAUUUAAUGCAGAAGAAAAAUUACAAGCAAAACAUGAAGAAGCAAAUGUGCCAUUUUCACAAAAUGAAGGGCAGACAACAUGUGACAAUUGUAUCACAGCUAGAAUUCCACUCUCUCAUGCUUCCUCUAAUAUCAGCAGCAACAGACGAAGGGUUGGAGUGUCAUUUUGCAUUUCUAAAAAAGCUCAGGUUAAGUUAGAAUCAUCUGCAUCUGUAUUCAGUGAUAACAAUGAGGAGACAACUGAGAAUCAGAAGUCUUAUGGUCAUAAAGGGAAAAUAGUAGCAGAAAAUUUAAGAGCAUUUACAUCUUCGAGUGAAUACAGCACAGUACAUGUUAUGGAAAGCCAAAGGUCACUGUCAGGUCAGACAGAAAACAUUCCACCAUGUGCUAAAAUUAAGCAACUGAACAGAACGAAGGAUGUCUGUGAAACUGAGAAAGGGAUGUCUGAUAUUCCCCAAUGCUUUAGCUGUAAAGAUACAUCAGAUUUCCCUGUUACAGUUCUUAAUGAUAUUAAUGACCCUGCAGUUAAAAGAAUAAAGCUUAAUAACAGCAAUACAUUAUCAGAAAUAUCAUCUAAUCCAUUCCAGUCUGCUGCUUCUACAACUGAGGAUAAUGUAGACAAAACUAAAGUAACCCAGUCAGCUGUAGAACUGUUUCCAUCACAUGAAGUAGAAAAAUAUGAGCAAACACAGGAUGAAGAUUGUCUUAGCUUCACCACAGCAGAAAACUCUUCUGACAGUCCAGUAACUGUAAGUAGCUAUUCUGAUGACAUGAGAGCAGAAGCCCCUGAUGUGAAUCCUCUACCUAAGCCUGGACCUUUCCUUCAUGUAAGGAGCAAAGACAAUACAAACACUCUUCAGUGGCCUUCCGAAUUGUUACUGUUUACUAAAACUAAGCCACAUCUUUCAUACAGUUGCAAUCCACUAUAUUUUGAUUUUAAGCUUUCAAAGAAUAAGGCUAGACAGGUUACAGUUCACCAGGAAUGUGACGACAUUCAGAAAAAUAAUGACAGUUCCAAAAAAAAGGAAUGUUCCAGUCCAACUUCAGAUGGGUCCUUAUCAAAUAAAAGUGAAAGUCCUUUAUCCAAGCCAAAGAUGAAAAAAGACCAGACAGAUUCAGAUCCAGAACAACAGGAAUCAGAUAACACAAAUGAUGCUGGAAGCAGUGAAAAACUACCCAAAGAUAAUAACCUAAAACAAAAAGAAAAUAUGGAUAGAGAACAUCAGAAUCAUGGAAUAUCCCCAAGCAGCAAAAUCCAUCAAAAAAGUAUAUUAUUGCAAAAACGUAAACGAUCUUUACAUGAGCCGAACAGUAAGGGCAUUGAAAAUGUAAGUCUAAAUUCCCAGCACAGUGCUAAUCACUCACAAUCCAAAGACCUAGACAAUAGCAUUUCUACCUACCAUUGCAUUAAGAAGUGGAAUGAAAAACAGGACAGCCUGAAUAUUAAGAGCGGCAAUAAAAACAAUCUCCCAAAUUUCUCUCACAACAGUUUUGAUGAAACAGACUGUUGUACAGAUAUUACGUGCAGGACAAAGGUAAAUGGCAGUGACUCUGAGAAUGAGUUGGAAAGUGAAGCAGAAUCUUCCAGUUCUUUAAGAUGCUGCUCUGAAAGUUCUUUUCACGCAUCAUCUUUUAAAGCAUAUACUGCGUGUUGCAAUCGUUCGAAUCACAGCAAUGAAAGUAUGUACUGCAAAUCAUUUGUUGACAAAUCACAUGAUUACACCAGUGUCGGUGACAUAUAUUAUAGCUGUAAAAGUCAAGGGCCACCAUUUAAUGAACUAAGAGACCAGCAGAAGCAUAAAAGGUAUGUUGCUAUAUCAUCUUCAGAUGAAACUGACUGCACUCCACAGCUGAUCAACCAAAGUAAAUGUAAAUGCAUCAAGAAAAAUACAUCAUCAGCUAGCAUGCAGUGUAAAACUAUAAAAUGCUGCAGUAGAUACAGUAUGCAUAAAUGCAAGAAGUUAAGGAACAGAAUUAAACACAAACAUUCACGUAAAGUUCCUCAUUCCUGUAGCAGAUAUAUCCUUGGGAAAUCCCUGUCAAAUCACACAAGUAGUAGCAUUAACAAUGAAUGUGAAUCAAUCUGCAAAAAAACUGACUACUGUGUAGAGUCUGAUAAAGACAGCAAUUAUGUUGAUCUACAAAGUGACUCAGAAAAAGGUUGUGGAAAUAAACAUCAGGGUAGCCCAUAUGUUAUUCCAUAUUUUAGUUCAUAUAAUAAAGCAUCACAAGGAAGGGAGAUUACAAACUUGGCACAUGACAAGAAAAAUAAAUUAACAGCAAAACAUCUUUUGGAAAAAAUACAGUCCAAAAAGUCACUGGAGCUGCCCAUUAUAAGUACAUUUAUGGAGUCAGACAGUUUAAAACUGGAUGUAAAAGAGCUUUCUUCAAAAUGUUGUGAUACAAGGCAUUUUACUUCAACUGGCAAUAUAGUAGCAUUCCCUUUGACAGGAAACCUGCCAUCUGCACAAAAGGGAAACAAAAAACCAGAAGAUGCCAUCACAAUGGAAAGAGCAGAUAAUAGUAUUAAGAGUGAAGAACAUAAAAUGAAUGACUUUUCACUUAAUGACAUUAAACACGACAGUGUUAUAAACGUGGGUGAGAUUAAUAAAGGAAGAGAAUGCAGCUUACCCUGGACAGAUUUACAAACGCUUGUAGGAGGGCAGCCUUAUCCUUUAGACAAUGAAAUGCAAACGCCUAUAGAGAAACAUUCCUCUGACAGUGCAGACUUUUCAGGUGAUUUGUUACCUGAUAAAUGUGAUAUUACUCUUAACUCACAAAACUCCAAAGAACAGCAGAUAGAACAUGAAGAUUACAAUACUGGUAAGAAACAUCAUUUGAUUGAUAGCACACUGGAUCCUUACACAGGGUAUACUAUGCAGACUGAUGGUGGAAAAGAAGAGGAGAAGAAAAAACAGAGAACUAAAUCCAUCUCUCCUACUCUUGCCGAGCAACCAUUGACUUUUACACCUGAUGAAAUAGACAAAUACCAGUGGUUACAGUUUCAAGCUCAGCAACAUGUACAGCAGCAACUCUUAGCAAAAAAUAUCAAGGUGUUUCCUUCUGCAGGAGCAGCCAAUUUGUCUCCACCAUUAGCAGCUCAGCCAUUUGCCUUUCAGCAGCAUGCUUCUGUUACUGCCUUUCAGCAUGCACUUUUACAGCAUUAUGCCAUUUCAGCUGCCCUCCAUCAUAAUGCUAACCAGAAUCACAUGGCUCAUAUUCACCCUAUUCCACAAUCUCCUCUAACGUCAGUUACUUUCUCUCCAGUGCCUCAUGCGAUUUUCCCAGCCCAUGCCGCCUCUCUUUUGAUGGGUCAGCCUCUUCACUUCAUUUCUGCCACAGCUAUGCAUCCUGCCCAUUUAGCAUUUCAUUCUAUUCCUAGUGCAGCACUUUUUCAUGCUUUGUUUAUGACUCACCCAAAUGCAUCACCUACCCUCCAUUUGCAUCCUCUUCUGCAUCCACUUUUUACAGCACAAGGCAUGAGACAUCCUUCUGGACCCAGUACAUAAUCUAAAUUAAGGAUAAAGUCAUUAUCUGUUUCACAGCUUAAAAUGGCUGCAUGUUGCCCCUGACUUUCACAUUGAGAUAUACACUAAACUUUUUGCCUCUGUGGUGCCGUUCCUGACUAAGACUGAAAUGGAAGCAUUAACUCUCUAGGCUGUGGAACUGUCCGCUGGCUAACCAGUCAUACAACCUGACCUCUGUGUUAUGACUGAUCAGUUUCUGUUUUGUUUACUGCCUUCUAAGAAGUUCACAAUGCAAUAUACUGAACUCACUUAAGUUCCUCCAUGAAUUCUGUGACAUCUGGCUUUUCUAGUAAGCCUGAAUGACAACAAUGACCAUUAUAGUUAUUUUUAAUAAACAAUUUGGAACAUUUUUUCAGGUUUAGAUAUUAUUUUUAGGUUUCUCGUAUAACAUUUCUAGAUUAUGAGAUUAUGUUUCCUAUUAUUAUCUUGUAUUUCAUAGAUCUAAUAAAUACAUGCAUUUUAUACCACU